AUAAUGUAAUGUUUUGUAUUUAAUUUUAAGCUAUGUUCAACACAAUAUUUUAUUGUUAUGAAUGAAUAAAGAAAAGAAUGAAAGAAUUGAUGUGAUUUUUAAACCCAUUUAUACCACUAACGAUUCUCUUUAGCAAGUGCGCCGAGUGAGGUAACCACUACAUCAGUACCUUACGACCUAUUCGAUUCGGUCAGCAAAUCAACCAGGAAUUAAAAAAGCGGCCAAGUGCGAGUCGGACUCGCGCAUGAAGGGUUCCGUACCAUUUAUGACGUAUUAAAAAAAAUCUACUUACUAGAUCUCGUUCAACAUUUUACCACUUUGGACACACAUUUUACCACUUUGGAAGUGUCUCUCGCGCAAACUGUUCAGUUUAGAAAAAAAUGAUAUUAGGAACCUAAAUAUCAUUUUUGAAGACCUAUCCAUAGAUACCCCACACGUAUGGGUUUGAUGAAAAAAGAUUUUUUGAGUAUCAGUUCUAAGUAUGGGGAACCCCCAAAAUUUAUUGUUUUUUUUCUAUCUUUGUGUAAAAAUCCUAAUGCGGUUCAUAGAAUACAUCUACUUACCAAGUUUGAACAGUAUAGCCCUUAUAGUUUCGGAAAAAAGUGGCGGUGACAUAAUCGGACAGACAGACGGACAUGACGAAUCUAUAAGGGUUCCGUUUUUUGCCAUUUGGCUACGGAACCCUAAUAAAAAGCAGUACCUAAGGAAUAUUUAUUAUUUAUUUAUUUAUUUAAAUAUGAAACAAACGGUCAUACAAAAAAAAUAUUAUUACAGUUUCUUAUCUUAAUCUAGACCUAUAGUUUCCAUGUUUGUUAAACAUAUCUUUAUAUAGAAGCACGAAAAGUACCUAUCUACGUUUAGGUUCAGCUAAAUAGUAAGAGGUUACACAGAAUUUGAGAAAUCAGAUUUACAAAACACUCAGUGAAAAGCACAAUGUAAAACACGUUCUACGUUUAUAACAACUUUUGAAUAAGUAUGAAGUAUCGACAAACAUGACAUAAUAAUACUUAUUAUAUACGCGUUAAGAUUUAUAUGCUACUAGUCUUGAAUACUCUUUUCAAUGAACUUAUGGUACAAUUAAAUAUGUCUACAUUUUCUACAAUGUUAUGAUCAUUAUAGAGGGCACAUGCUCGUUUAAUAAACAUAUUUUUGGAAUAGUUACUUCUACUACAUGGAAUGGAGAAUAAAUGCUUGUAUCUGGGACGACAUCGGCGCUCUUUAUUACCUGGAACUCUUAUACAUAUGUCUUUCAACAAGCUAGGGGCAUCAAUAUACCCAUUUAUUAUUUUAAAUAAUAGAACAGAAUCAACGCAGUCUCUCCGACACUCUAGUGACUGCAUUUUAUGACGGUUUAAGGAUUCCACAUAAUCUUUGUAUUCAAUACCACAUUUAAAAUCAAGGGAUUUUAGGAACUUUUUUUGCAAUCGCUCUAUCCUGUCAAUAUGAAUGCUGUAAUGGGGUUUCCAAACCGCACAUGCGAACUCAAGCCGUACUCAAAUAUUUAAGAUAUUUGUAUUCAAACUUUUUUUAUUUCUAUUAGAUUAGAGAUCGUUUUAUAGCGAUAAGUCCGCCUGUUGUUACCUACUAAUUUAAGUCCUGUCUUUCUUUGUAAUAUGAGCUUUUCUUUAGUAGUGCACAAUAAAGAAUUUUAUUAUUAUUAUUUUCUAUUUCAAAUAAGUUACCUACUCAUACAACUCAACAGUGUAAAACCGUCUUAUACGUUUAUACCUAUCAUAUGAUCAGUAGGUAAUUUGCUUCCUGCUUGACUGCUAGUCUGUGAUCAUUUACUUAAUUCUAUUAUUUACAAGUGACCGUAAUAGAGAAACAGGAUUCUUUACAGCGUACGAUAAGAAAUACAUUUUCACUAUUGUUUAAAUGCACUACUGUCGUAAUUUUUUGAAUCGCACACUGUAAUAUGCCAUGAAUUUAAUUUCUCAAUACUACCAAGACUACUCAUUUUACGAUUCAUUGCCUCUUCGGAUACCUACCGACCAUGUCUUCUAGUGCAAAAGAAGAAUUUCUUGCCGGAAUGGAUUAUUUAAGUGUUAUCACUUCGAGGAUAUUUUUAUAUCCCUUCUUGGGCAGAUCAAAAACAAAGCUUCUUUGUUAUUAUUUUAUUUGCUCCCUAAUCAUUUUUGCGUCUUUUCAACAGUUCGUUUUUUUGUGUGUUUCCAAAUUAAACAGUUUUCUUGAUAUUGUAAAUAUCGCACCAAAUAUUGGAGUUUGUGCGAUGUCCGUUACUAAAUAUAUAAAAGUAAAUAGUAACAAGGAAUUAUACAAUUUAAUAUUUGUUCAUUUUCGUACAGAUAUGUGGGAUAUUGUCUCCGAAAAAUGUCAGGAAAAUGUAAAAAUAUUGAAAAGAUAUCAGAAAAUUAUACAUUUCAUUACAAUUUGGUUCGUUUACUACGUAGUGCCGCUGAUUUUGAUCGUUACAUCGUUCCCGAUUCUAAUUAUGUAUUACGAUAACAUGGUCCUUGGAAAGGAACUCGAGCACCGUUAUCCUUUCGAAGCCUGGUACCCUUUUGACAAAGUAAAGUGGUAUUACGCUGCUUACGCAUGGGAAAGCUUUAUUACGGGGCUUGUUGUUUGUAUUUACACAUUUUCAGACCUCAUAAAUGUAUCGUACGUAGCUUAUAUCUGCUUAGAAUUGAAACUUCUUGGUACCCAUCUGAAAGAGCUUAUAGGAGCUGAGGACAUAAAACAAUUGAAAAGUUCACAGAACGCUACGGCUAUUCAUUACAAAAUUAGACAAAAACUAAGAGGAUAUAUAAUAAAACAUAAUUUUUUAGCAAACAUCUCAUCUCAACUAGACAUUAUUUUUGGAGAUAUAAUGCUUGUUAAUUACACUUUUGGAUCCGUGUUUAUGUGUCUUACGGCUUUUACGUUUACGGUUACCGAUGAACUUUACACCACUUUGCGUUGUUUUUUCUUUCUUAUUUCAUUGGUAAUUUCAAUGCUCAAUCAAUGUGUCAUAGGGCAAUGCGUAAGUGAUCAUAGCGAGCAACUAACCCAGGCUCUCUACGAUUCCAAGUGGACCUAUGGCGACAGGCAAACGAGACAGUUGGUCCUCAUGCUCAUCAUGCGCAUGCAAAAACCCUUUCAGCUUACUGCUAAGGGAUACAUAGCCAUGAAUCUUGAUACGUUCACCACUGUUCUUCUCUCACUCUCACUGAGCGUAAGCGUAAGCGAGAUGGCGGCGUAUGCCCGGGAUCGCGGAUAUCAUUUGUUAAUUUUCAUUUUAUACCUAUGUUCGUGAUUUUUUUCUGACGAGUGUAAAUCAAGAAAUCAGGUUUCGAAUCGACGAAGUUACUGGAAAAAGGCCUCAAGAUUAAAUUUCUGGCAACCGUAUAGUGAUCUAAAAUAACUGUGCUGCCUGAACCUACUGCACUUUAAUAGAUUUGCAGCACAUCAUAUCAAUUCUUCAAUCUUCUGCGCACCAUGUAUGAUCCUAAAGCAAAUUAAAUGUACAUUGUACGUUUGUGUUUCAAACCUCACCAAAGUAAGCAUUGUAGGAUGGAGACAUAAAAUAAACAAAAGUCAACAAAUAGACUAUGCGUUUUAUUUGAGAAUGCAUUUUCAUUUUAGCAGUAUUUUCUAUCUUCUGACAUUCAUUCGUCCACGUAGAAGCAUCUUCAUCAUCUUAGGGCUACUUGCACCAAUCACUACCCUGGGGUUAAACCCGAUAAACCUGGAAUAAUCAUGGUAAGUGGGAUUAGUGAAGUUAUACAAUAUUUGAGGAAUAUUAAUUUCCUAAGGUUAUACGUCCAUGAAAUUGUAUUUGAUGAAAUCCAAUUUGAUGCUUGCUGUAUUCUGCUCGAGUCUAAGCUCUAUGCGGGCCGCUGCUACAUUUGGCAACAGUCCUGAUGCCAUCUUGUCUUUAUUGCGUCAAUAACAGGCAAAAUUCAAUAUAGGAGCCAUUGUCAGUUAGAAAUUUCUAUUGCGAAACUGGCUUCUUAAGACGAAAGUGGACGGUCGCGCGAAAUCGCAAAGCUGGUUAGUGUACUUCUAAUUAUGCAAAAAUAUUUUCCAUAAUGUCGAUUUCCAGAGAGGAAAACGGAGACUACGUUUCUUUCUGUGGAGAAGCGGUUGUCCCCUCUAUUUUUUCCGACAAUUAUCCUUUAUGUCAGUGGUAACUUUAUUUCGACGUUAUACAUUUACCCCCUUAUUCAUAAACGUGUACUAAAGUUACGAUGCCGCUAAUAAUCGUUUGUCCCUUUCCAUUUUACCAAUACGUCGGAAAGGGACAAACGAUUAUUAGCGGCAUUGUAACUUUAGAACACGUUUAUGAAUAAAGGGGUUAAAAAAUACGGACCAAUUGCGUGUCAGACCACGCUUUAUAGAGGAUUCCGUAUCUUCAUAUAAUACAAAAAAAUAUUUGCUGAUUUUAUGCUCGCCGGUUUCAAAAGUCUGUAACUUUUUUUUUGACUUUCGAAGCGAUUAUUUCCAAAAGAACGUUCUGAAUCAAAAAACGUUCUUUGCGGUCUUAAAUGUUAUUUUUAAAAACCUAACGAAUGAUCUGACAUGCGUUGAUUUUAGUAAAAAAUAUUUUUUUACUUCUUGCAGUAUUUGGAGUGAACUCACUAAAAUAUAU